AAUCGAAUCCUCCUCCCCCUUCCCUCCUCCACCGCCGCGUCUGCGUCCUCGCAGAUGCUAAACCCCCUAAACCCAACCUCUCCUCUCCGCCACGGCAAUGUCUUCCUCUCUCCCCAAACCCCCUUCUUCCUCUCCCCCCUCUCCGCCUCCCCUAGACAGCUCCGAUGCUGAGCGACGCCUCCGCGAGGCCGAGGACCGCCUCCGCGAUGCCAUCGAGGAGCUCCAGCGCCGCCAGCGCUCCGCCGCUGCCACUGGAUCUCAGCACCACCCGCCUUGCGACCACGCCGCCGACGAGUCCUGCGUCGCCCACGCCAUUGGUAAUCUCUGCCAGAGCUUUCUCUUGUCGUAUGGCGUUCGAGUCGGAAUUGGCAUCCUUCUUCGCGCUUUUAAGCUCGCGCGCCGGCAGUCCUACUCUUCUCUCCUCGAUCUUAAGCAACUUGUCUCGGAAAAAGAUCUCAUUGUAAGAGAAGAAGCGUGCCGGAUCGGUUUAUUUUUUGGUGGCUUUAGUGGUUCAUAUCAUGCUCUUAGAUGUUUGUUGAGAAAAUUGAGAAAGAAAGAGACACCAAUGAAUGCAAUUUUAGCAGGUUCAGUUGCUGGUUUGUCUAUUUUAGCAUUGAAUGACUCAAACCGAAGGCGCACACUUUCUCUGUACUUGCUGGCCAGGCUAGGCCAGUGUGCUUAUAAUUCUGCGAAGUCGAAGAAUAAGUUUCACUUUUGGGGAAGCCAUUGGAAGCAUGGAGAUUCAUUACUUUUCUCUCUUGCAUGUGCGCAGGUUAUGUAUGCCUUUGUAAUGCGGCCUGAGAGCUUGCCAAAAUCUUAUCAAGAAUUUAUUCAGAAGACUGGGCCAGUUGCCCAACCUGUAUACAAGGCUGUAAGGGAUGGCUGUAGAGGCCACCCUGUGGAUAUUGCCUCUCUAUCUGAUUAUUUGUUUGAGAGAACAAAAUCCAACUCUAUACAGUUGGAAGAGUAUCCAUCCAUACUUCCUUGUACAGUUAUUCAUCCAGACACGAAUUCUUGUUUAGCUCAUAAUGCACGGGCAACAUCAGCUACAUUUAGGAAAACAUUUCCGCUUUACUUUUCUUUGACGUUUGUACCAUUUGUUGUUCUCCGCCUACAGAAGUUCAUGGAGGCCCCUUCUCGCACAUUUUUAAUUGCUCUUAAAGAUGCUGUUCGCUCAACAUCAUUUUUGUCCGCAUUUGUUGGAAUCUUUCAGGGUGUCAUAUGUUUGCAUAGAAAAGUUGCUUCAAAAGACCACAAGCUUGUAUAUUGGUUUGCAGGUGCAAUAUCUGCUCUUUCAGUUUUACUGGAGAAAAAGCCUAGACGUGGUGAACUGGCUCUUUAUGUUCUUCCACGAGCUGGAGAUUCUUUGUGGUAUAUCUUAGUAAACCGCCACCUUCUUCCAGAUAUUAAGAACGCAGAGGUGUUCAUGUUCAGUUUGUGCAUGGGAGGAAUCAUGUACUACUUGGAACAUGAGCCAGACACAAUGGCUCCACUCCUCAGGGGUCUGAUCCGUCGGUUCCUUGCUAGCAGAAUAAGCAACCCUGUGUCCUCGUCUAGUAGGAAUCCUUCCUACACAUACUUGCAAAAUCUUGAAGCCAUGAAGAAACCGAAGCCCUUAGAGAGUCGCGGUGCUGAAUCACCUUCCGAAAAAUAUAAUCUCGAAUCAAUACCAGGGCUCUGAAGAUUGAGGCGCGUGCAGAACUCCCGACACCCGAUUUUUUCCGUGGAGUUUCACUGAACUUUAUAUAUCGAGACUGAACGUUUCGUUCGCUAAUAAAAGAAAGAUGAUUUUUUGUUUAAAAUUGAAGUUGUGCAUUGAUGUACUUGAAUCUUGAAGAAAAAGAGUGAUAAUGGAAGGCAGUUGCCAAUUUUUAUUUAGCAGCA